AUGGAAUGUGACACCGGCUACUCAAUGAAAUGUAAUUAUAGGCCAUUCAGUGGUUCUACGGAAGAGACGAGCUGCCUGCAAAUGAGCAUAACGCACAAAUACAAUAUAAGAAGGAAAGAAAUUCUAAAUAACGACACAAAAGAAAAUAUAGGUCACGAUCCUAUAUCCACACAACCAACAUAUCCUGUCUGUCUGCCUGCCUAUCUCUAUAUAUCAGUGUCAUCACAACAAUUGCAACACUGCAGUAACAAUUAUGCGACUACACUGCAACACAACAACAAGAACACGGCAACACAAAAUAAAAAAAAUGAUUAUACAGAAAGUAAGCAAACGCACGAGCGAGCUCAACACAAAAUAACAUCAUCCAAAACAACAACGACGCAACUAAAACGUUUGCUCGAUGUUCAGUUUUUAAAUUAUGCUCUUCACUAUGCGCACGCUCUGCUUCGUUUCUUUGAAAUCCGUGUAAAAUUUGGCAUGUUUGAUAACAUCGACAAACUCAGACAGCGACUAAAAAACGAGGCAGGACACGUGGCAGCAACACAACGACAACCACAAAACAACAACAACAACAGCAACGACAAUGACGCCAUGUUGUCUGCUAAACCAUUUGCCUUUCCUACAACCCCAGGAAUAAUUUAA